UGCUGUGGAAUAUACUGCUGGUUCCACGGAAGGGGAGUGAUACUGUCCUGCUCCUGGAGCUCUUCUGUUUGCUCUUGCCCUGGGGGAAAAGACUUUGAGAAGAUGGAGAACCAGAGGGAAGCGCUCUUGGGAUAUGUCCACUGGGAAGGAGAAGAGGAAGGGGAUGAGGAGGAUGGAGUGGCUCCUGGUGCUUCUCCUUCCAGCCAAAUGAGUGAAUUGGAAGAUGUGCAGGUGGAGAUGCUCGAGAAGGCAAGGGAGCUCUUCCAGCUGUGUGACAAGGACAAGAAGGGUUUUAUCACCAAGGUGGACAUGCAGCGGCUCCAGAGUGAACUCCCCUUAACCCUUGAACAGCUGGAUACCGUUUUUGAUAGCUUGGAACAGAACAAUAAUGGAUACCUGACGCCUGUGGAGUUCAGCAUGGGACUAGGAAAGUUAAUAGGGAUUGAAUUGUGUCAAGGGGCUGGGAGAAUGGAUCACUCUAGGCACGAGGAGACCUUUGAGUCAGGCUGGUCAGAUGACUUGGACACAGCGGAUGAUGAUGAAGACAAACGAUUCUGUUCCAUGAUGGAGCAGCUUGGAGCCGCCCACAUGUUUGAAGAUCCACAUGAGAUUCGGGAGCUCUGGGCUCGGCUACGGAAGGAGCGUCCAGAGCUCUUAUCCAAUUUUGAAGAGUUUCUGUUGCGUGUUUCAUCAUACAUAAGGGAGGUGAAUCAUGAGAAGGAGUCUAUGGAACAGGCAUUGAAGCGGAAGGAGACAGACCAUGACCGAGAAGUCAGGUGCCUUUAUGAAGAAAUGGAGCAACAGAUCAAAGCAGAAAGGGAGAAGUUGAUCUGCCAGGAAGCACUGAGACAUGACAGGAGUAACCUCCUCCAGAAGGAACUGUGCAGCAAAGAGCAGGAGCUAGAGAAAAUCCUCUACCGCCAGAAGAAGCUGGAGCAUCAGCUACAGUCUCUGAACUCAGAGCAGCUGGAGACCCGCGUGCAGAAUGAAAGGCUCCGGCACUUGAAUGAAAACCUGCUGGAAGAGCUGGAGAAAAGCAAAUGGGAGCUGGAGGCGGUGAAGGGGCAAUUACAGAAGCUCCAGAAAGAGGCCCAGCUUGAACAAGAACAGAAGGACAGGGAUGUGUUUAGAGUCUCCAAGAACAUGCAGAAAGAGAAACAAAGCCUCCUUCGGCAGCUGGAGCUCCUCAGAGAGAUGAACAAGAAACUUCGAGAUGAGCGAGACGCUUUUGAAGCCAAGAAGCUGGCGCCUCAGAGCAAAAAUCCCCCGUUGAAGAAAGGGUCAGUACUAGGCAGUUACCUGCUGGACGACAAGCCGGUCAAACGGUUAGAUGGGCGGAGGGGUUCUAGCUGGCUGGGCUCUGGGCUGGCAUUUGGGGCAGAGGCAGGGAGGACAACCAGGAAUGUGAACUCCCUUUCACAGAAAAAGCACAGGCAUGGCAGCAG